AUGAAGACUUUGAGUUUCUUCUUCUUAUGGGUUUUCGCAGCCGUUGCGAUGGCCCUUCCUAGAGCCAUGCCGGUUCCUGAUACCAGCUUUGACUUGCAAGAAAUGAUGGAGGAUUUUUUCGACCAGGCUAACGUUCCGGAGUUGGACCAGUUCUAUCUGAUGGCCAAUCUUUACAAAAGAGACGAAAAAACCAUCGAAACUCUCUUGGAGUAUGUCAAUAAGUCAGGCAUCAUCUUUGACCUUUUAGACCAAAUUGCCGACUAUCCCGAGCGUGUGCAAGCCAUUGGCAACCUCACCGUUGGCUUGCUUGGCAGAUUGCCUCCAAUAGACCUUUCUAACCUCCUGUUGCCAAAGAAUAUGGGUUCUAUGACAAACAACAGUUUGGUCAAUGUUCUUCUCAAAUCUGGUUUGGUAAAAUCGUUGGCCGAUGGGCUUCUCUUGGAUGAAAGUUUCAGGCCAGUGUUGGUCAAUUUGACCUACAGAAUCGUUGACGCAAACAAAAAUGUCAUUCUCUAUAUUGUCGAUGGAGUAUUGGCCAAGAGAGAUUUGAAAAAGAGAGCCGACGAUUAUAGUGGAAGUUUAGGAGAAUUCGCCAAGAACAUCUUUGGUUCUGUAUUGGACUCCAAGCUCUUCUUGAACACAUUUGGGGACAUCGUCAAUGCUUUGAACGACACCGGAGUGGCAGUUUAUGUUGUUAAGAAAUUCUUGAGCGACGAUGCUUAUCUCAACAUGACUGCCACAAUAGCAAAUGAUGCUAUUCAUUCCGGAGCCAUCAACAUCACUGGCACCCCCAACAUCACCAAGAUCAUCGGAGGAGUGCUUGCAGACCCUUCAGCGUUGGGUAAGUUGGCAUCUGGAGCUUUGAGUGGAAAAGUUGAUUUAAAAGGAAUCUUUGGCAAAUAUUCCCCAGCCAUCAAAGGUAUUAUCCAAGGAUUGGAACGCAAGGGUCUUUUUGAGGAGUUGAAUGACUACAUUUUCCCAUCUUCAUCGUCACAAACUCCACAAACCACCUCCAACAAGAAAGAAGCACAGGCUACAUUGAGUGUAACCACCACGGGUGUAAAAAAAGACAAAGCUUCAUCAUCAGCCAAGGGUGCAGGUUCCACAACAACCCAUAACAACUCGCUCAUGCGGGCCUUGUUCUAUAUCCAGUCAUUUAUCUUUGGAGGAGCAUUGAUAUUAUUCUAG